AUGGAUUGGUUCUACGUCUUUCUUUUCGUUGGCCUAGUGCUGGUCACCGUGCUGUUAAAUUUUAGGUCGGGCACUGAGGAGCUCAGCCCAACCGCGACCUUGCAAAAUGUUGACGAGCAGAAGCGUUUCAGGGUUUUUCGAUCCAAUUAUCUUUUGGUCUUUUGCCUUAUGAUGGCGGGUGACUGGCUGCAGGGACCCUACAUCUAUGCCUUGUACGAACAUUACGGCUACACGGUCGGCGACAUUGGCCACUUCUUUAUAAUGGGAUUUGGAAGCUCGCUGGUAUUCGGCACUGUAGUCGGCGCAUUGGCCGACAUAAUCGGGCGGCGGAGUGCGUCGCUGGUGUACGUGGUCACAUACUGCCUCUCAUGUGCCACCAAGCACAGCCCUCGAUACUGGGUGCUGAUGUCAGGAAGGAUGCUGGGCGGCAUAUCUACCAGCCUGCUUUUCUCCGUGUUUGAGAGCUGGCUUGUGGCGGAGCACAACCGGAGGGGCUUUCCAGAGGCGCUGCUGGCGGACACGUUUUCCAAGGCGGUAUUCUUGGGGGCUGGGCUGGUGGCCAUUCUGUCUGGUCUCGCGGGCAAUGUGCUGGUGGAGGACCUACAGCUUGGGCCAGUGGCACCCUUCGAUGCGGCCAUCGUAAUCAUGCUGGCAGGCGGGGCCCUGGUGCUGGCAACGUGGGACGAGAACUAUGGCAACCCCAACAACCGCCGCUCGUUGAUUGCGCAGUUGGCACUCGGCUGGACCGCCAUAUGGACGGACCCGCGCGUCGCGCUGCUCGGCGCGAUGCAGUCCAUGUUCGAGGCGUCCCUGUACACGUUUGUCUUCCUGUGGACGCCCGCGCUCAGUCCUAACGGCGAGAAGGUUCCACAUGGCUUGGUCUUUUCCUGCUUCAUGACGGCCUGCAUGGCGGGGAGUGCUGCAACAAGCAUCCUGAUUCGACACUACAGCCCCCAACACUACAUGGGGCUCGUGUAUGGCCUCGGUGCGCUGAGCCUAGCGGUGCCGCUUGCUUUCCACAUGGAACGGAGAGAGCCGGGCUCCGUGGAUAAUGGUGCUGGUGGCAUAUCAGUAUCGGGGAAGCUGCAGUUACUCGCUUUCUGUGGCUUCGAGGCUUGCAUUGGAGUUUUCUGGCCUUCCAUGAUGGCGCUCCGUGCACGAUACGUACCGGAAGAGCUUCGGUCCACCAUUAUCAACAUCUUCCGAAUACCGCUGAACCUAUUUGUGUGCCUGGUUUUGUACAAAGUCAGUCACUUCCCGCUUUCCGUCAUGUUCGGCGUGUGCGUGGGAAUGCUAGUGGCGUGCAUGGUGUGCCAGUCGCACCUGAACGGCCUAACUCUGGACGAGACGCACGCCUUGCCCGUGACGGAAACCGGCCUAGGCGACCCGCCGCGCCGAGGCGGGGCGGGUUUGGGUCGUAUUUCGCCAGGUCGCGGCCCAUCACACCACCCGGGGGAGAGAACUGGCACUAAGGACUGA